AUGAUGCCACUUUUACGCAUUUCUGGAUACUUCGCUAUCUUUCUCCAACACUCCCUUCACUUUGUGGGGCCCACUCUCUCAACUAUAUCUGUUUGGAAGCACUUUUUCACGGGUCAGCGUUCAUUGUACGCCCCACGCACACGCGUCUCUCUUUUUCUUAUCCCGAAUAAGAAUACGAUCCUCCUAUCCUCCCACCCAAACGCACCUCUUCCUCUUCAACUACAUCGCACACCCCUUAAUCGCCCUCCACGUGUACGCAUCAGAACUCUCAGCCGUCCAAAAACUAGUGGCUCUCACAUACUACUUGCACCGCCUCUCCCCACGCACUGCUAUAUAUAUGCGUAA